AUGUGUGAGUGCCAGGCCUUGCACCCAGAUCCUGAGGAUGAAGACUCAGAUGAUUAUGAUGGCGAGGAGUAUGAUGUGGAAGCACACGAACAAGGACAGGGGGAUAUCCCCACAUUUUAUACCUAUGAAGAAGGACUAUCCCAUUUAACAGCAGAAGGGCAAGCCACACUAGAGAGAUUGGAAGGCAUGCUCUCCCAGUCUGUGAGCAGCCAGUAUAACAUGGCUGGGGUACGCACAGAAGAUUCCGUGAGAGACUAUGAAGAUGGCAUGGAAGUAGAUACAACACCAACAGUUGCAGGACAGUUUGAGGAUGCAGAUGUUGAUCACUGAAAGUCAUUUAUAUUGCUUUAAGAUUCUGCUCAUUACUGUAGGAGAGAACUUGGUGCCUCUUUCUUCUGAAGACAGGUUGAUGAAUGUCUUUUUUCCUUCUUCAAAACUCACUUAAGCCAGUUCUUCCUCAAGAUAAACUAUACUGAGACAGCAAGUUGUCAUCAGCAGAAGAAACAAUGACCUUUAUUAACAAAGGUGAAUUAGCUUAACCAUGGAGGUAUUUGUAGUUUAUCAUUUACUCUCUAACUUUGUGUCUAGGUACACACUGACUAGGCCUAUAAUUCCUGCCUUUGCUGUAUACAUUGUCCACACACUAGCAGGAACUUUGCAGGAAAAUAGGCUGAAGUUACAGAGAUGUUGUGGGGA